AUGUCGGACGCGGCGGCAACAACAAAUGGAGUAAAGAAUAAGUUUGAUGGCGAUGGCGUGGUAUUUAAAGGCAAACUCAUCGGAAUGGAAGAUUUAUCCAUGGAUCGUGACGAGAAAGUUUGUCUUGAUUCAAUGUUUAAGUUGAAAGCGGUAGUACGCGCUCGUGGAGAACAUAAACAAAGAAUUCAAUUAAAUCUAACGAUGAAUGGAGUGAAAGUUUAUGAUGACACGUCGAAAACUUUAAUUGCGUCUCAUGAAGUUGAACGAGUCUCGUUCGUGGUUUUAGAUCCACGUGACCAACGAGCAUUUGGAUAUGUCUACAAUACCAGCGACGAUCGACAUCAAUUCUGGGCAAUUAAAACCGAACGACAAGCCGCUACAACUGUACUUGCCUUGAAAGAACUUUUUGAAACGGCAUUUGAGGAAUUUACUAAAGCAGAAAAAGAAAAAGUAAAAGCUACUUCAGAAGUAACACCUGCACCAACUCCAGUAGCAGAACAAUCGACUUUGAUAUCUACGUCAUCACCCACGACACCAUCUCCUCAAGUAACAACACCACGAGCACCUGAAACCGAUUCCAUAUGGGGAGAUCUCACUUCGCCUGCAGCUCCAAGUGUAGCACCAGCACCUCAACAGGUACAACAACAACAACAAUCAACACCUAAUAUCGAUCUAUGGGAUGCAGGUGAACCCAAUCUUAUGGGAGGUCAGGCUGCUCAAAGUUCUUCUGAUGAUAUGUUUGGUUUACUUGGAUCACCAACACCAUCGAUACCAGCAGUCAAUCAAUCAAUCCCGGCUGCCACUUCUCCCGCAGACGAUCUAUUUUCCAUGUUUGCACCUGCUGCACCUGCUGCACCAGCGCCUGUCAUUAGUAAUACUGCCAUUGCUCGACCACCACCACCACCACAACCAGCUAUUAUUCCCCAACAACCAAAUUUACCCUUUGCUACACCCUUCGCAGGCAUUGUUCCUCAACAACAAAACUUACUCUUUUCCCAACCCGCACCUGCUGUUCCCCGACAACCGCCACCACCGCUACCACAACAGAACUUACUCUUUGCUGCACCUACGCCAUUUGCCGCUCCUCAACAACUACCUCAGCAGAACUUACUCUUUUCCCAACCCGCACCUGUUGUUCCUCAACAACCAUCACUACCACAACAACAACAACAACAGCAGCCGAGCUUACUCUUAGCUACACCCGCACCUGCUACCGUUCCACCACCAGCUACCAAAGCAGUUGAUGAAUUCGAUUUACUCGGUGACUUUGCCUAA